UGAGAGGUCAGGAAGAUGUCAACCUGGAUCCAGUCGACCCUUCCGCGAUACCAUCUUUAGCGGAACUGAUAGAGCGAGGAGCAAUAAAACGCAGGAAGGCUAUUUUAGACUUGAAGUGUAGGUUGUUGGAAGUGACGUUGUUCCUCUGCCUCAUACUAUGUUAAGGCUCAUCAUUGUUGAUUCACCUUCAGUAUAUUAAGUUCGUGCAUAUAUUUUUUGAGCUUAUGCUCCUUUUCUACUCAUGAGGUAAGGUGUUCCGGGCGAUCUUCAUUAUAAGUAAAACAACUGGUUAGUUUUCCCUCUAUCUCGUAGCUUGAUCCCUGCUCCAAGCAACAUGUUGAUUUUGAUUCAUCUUCAACACUACUCAGAGUGUCUCCCUCAGUUUCCUUCUCGGACGAUUCGGAGGGUAUCACUGCGAGGGGUGAAUUAGUGACUAUUUAGUGUGAGCUCUAACUCUCUUUGUACUUUUGUUUCACCGGUGGGGAUGGAAACGCAAUGGUGGCGGCGAGAGUGAAGCAGAGGUUGACUUUGCUGAUGUCUGAAUCAAGACGGUUUUCGGAAGCGCGGCGAACAAAACUAGCGUUUGUGCCGCCGACAGGGGUAAGCAGGCGGAGGCGACUGGAAUUGCUGGAUGAAGGAGAGGGUGGCGAUGGCAGUUUACAUGAAGCUGCGGAAGAGAGUCCCUUGGACGAUGAGCCUGAGAUGAAUGGUCGUGAAGAUGUUGAAGACUUUUACAUGUCUACUUCUCCUUCUAGCACCUCAAUCAGCAACGAGG